AUGGAGUACUGUAUAGACUUGCAGAAUAUUUUGACUGAUGAUAAAUCAGGAGAUGCUGAUCUGGAUGGAGCACAACUUUGUGAGGAACUUACAAUAUUGGCUCCUAUCUUGAGGCCUACAAUGACACCUAGUCAGAUUCUAGCAUAUGCACUUAAAAAUGGCUUUGCUCCCAAUGUGUCUAUUGCCCUUCGCAUAUUGUUGACAUUGCCGAUAUCUAUAGCCUCUGGGGAGCGAAGUUUUUCAAAGCUGAAGUUAAUAAAGAAUUAUCUUCGGUCCUCUAUGUCUCAAGAGAGAUUGGUGGGACUUGCAAUGAUUUCCAUUGAAAAUCAGAUUGCAAAAGAGAUUGACGUUAAAACUCUGGCUCAUGAUUUCGUAAAUGCAAAAGCAAGAAGGGUUAAGUUUUUGUAG